GGUGUGCAAAGUGCUUCUAACGCAUGCGAGUGCACCUCGUUACAAGAACCAGAAAGGCCAACGCUCGGUUGCGCGAUUUAGCAUGAAGCUCGGCGAGUACUUGGCCAAGAAGAAGUGGCACAUUCUCUUCUUGACGCAGGGCUUGACGCUCUCAAGCAUCUACGCCCACCGCUUUGGCUUCCUCGAUGGCCUCAUUAGCUCGCUCGACGCCGUCUUGACGGGCGAGCCGGCGCCGUUGCAGCCCGCCAAGCCGAUGCCAGUGCCCAUCUGGAAGCAACUUGCGACCAAGGCGCAAGAGACCAAGUCCGACAAGUAGAUUCUAGUGCGAGAGAGGUUUCGCGUGUCGACCAACGUCAUACACUCUGUGUUCGAAAACCACCAAGGAUGGCUUCACGACCAAUAUCGAUGCGGCGUCCAUUCAGACUAGGUCGCUUCGCUUCGAGGACAGACAAAAGUAACAACGACCAACAACAACUCUACGUCAAACGACAGUUGCUAG